CUCUUAAUAUUGCUCCGGCAGUCGUGAAUGGGUUGUCUCCAUCAUCAGUGGUCCCCAUGUCCAGCAGUUACUAAAAAGUUGCUUUUUCAAACCUUGGGUUGAAAUUAUCUAGGCAGUGGGCUGUCAGAUUUGUUUUCGUCUUGUAUAUCUCAGAAGUUAUAUUAUGCAGCUAGAAAGAAAUUCUGUUAUCUAAAGAAAUCGUUUUUUAAGUUUGAUUUUUGAGAUGACGUUUUCUUGCUGGAGAAGUACUGAUUAAUUCUAGAAUGAUAAAAAAAUGUUGAAACAAAAAUUUAUUUCAGUAAGAAUCGAUCCUAAGUUUUCUAGCAAAAGGGAAAGGAAUCUUUUCUUUGAUGGAUAUAAGGCUGCAGCUAUAACUCACUAUCUGCUUGAACUUAUGUAAAAAAUGUUCACAAAAGGAACGUUUCUAAGGAGAAUGUCAAGACUCAAGUUGAAUAAACUUGAAGCUUUGUGUGGGCAAAAUACAAUUGCACACAAAUCUUCGAGGAAGUGGUUUGAAAGGGAUGUGUAUAACAAGCGCUUACAGGGGUAUUGUCAUUGUCAAGUCUUUUUGUAGUGUUUUGAAUGGUCUCUUAUACUUUGUUUGGUAUUUGGUCUCCUUGAGAAGUUGAUAACUAGAAUGCACCUGUUGCUAGUAGGUGUUGGGGUUUCCCCUCUGAGACAUAUAAGCUAGGUGUCAGGAGAAAGGGAAUACCUAUUGAUGAUUCCUGCCUAACUAAUCCAAUGUCAGACAGCUGUGAAGGCUUGACUUGAUAGUAAGGUUGGCUGAACUGGAUGGAAAAAUUGAUCAUCUAGAGGUGUACAGUAUUAUGUGUCACCUUUAGACAAAAACAUAAUCGGUAUUGUAAUGUUUUCGGUGAUAUUAUCUUUGCAGUGACAUCUCCACUGUGAAUUCAUAAUGCCAGGAAUAUGCAAUGUCAAUGUCUAAUCACUGUACAACAGAAUUGUGUCAACCAUGCCUAUGAAAUCCCUUUAUUUGCAAAAUUGAGUCCCCAUAAAAAAAUACAUGUAUUUUUACUACCUGUUGUGAAAUCAAAAGGUGUGAUAUUUGUUGUUGUUGGCAUUUAAGUGAAACAAACAAGAAAAUGUUAUCAAAUGAUAGAUUUUUGCAGUGAAAAAUCACAGGAGAGAGAAAGAAUGAUAUGAUAAUAGUAAGACAGUUGUAGAAAAGAUAUGUAUACUUGUUUAAUUGUAUAAUUUAAUUGUUUGGUAUGGUUUUUUUUUUGUUCAGGGUGCCCCUACAAAACUCAUUUCAUUCUACAAAAGUCAUAAUAGGAAAAAAAUUAGGAAGGGACACAGUUGACAGAAUAUGCAGUUUUACCAUCUAGAUUCUGGCGAUGUGAAAUCUGUUAGUAUUUCUUCAUGUCAUAGAUGGAAGUAUACUCAUUUUUUUUUUUAAUUUCUUUUUCAAAUACACAAGGCCACAUAAACAUGGAAUUUAUCUAAUAUAAACUCAAGGACUCAAAUUUGAUUUUUUUAAUCUUGAACAGAGUCUUGAUCUGUACAAGAUUGGAGAAACAUUGGUAUUGCAAUUGCUUUUUACAUGAUUACGACAAGUCAACUAUUUUGAUGACAACUGCAACAGCUUUACAUUGUAGCUUCAUGUAUUGGGAAGCAAUUUCUAGAACAAAAUGUCAUAUAUACUAGGAGUUAGUUCAUGCAAGACCUAAAAUGUAAUUUUUUUUAAAAUUCUGUUUGUUUGAAACAAUAUGUUUUUGGUUUGCAAAGGAGAUAAUUCCCAAAAAGUGUAAUACAUUUGAUGUUGCAUUUUUUAGUCCGUGAGUAAAAGUUGCAAAAACAGAUCACUGGCUAACCUUUAUCUGAUACUCCUGAUAUAAGACAGGCACAAUUUUGCUUGGCAGGGACUAUCUGACAUAAGGUCAAGGGUUAAAGUUCAGCAACAGCUAACAGCCUGACAGGUAACUGCUUGGUUUAUUGUAGUGAUGUUGUAUGGUGUGUUAGAAUGUGUUUGCAGUUCCCAAGUUAGCUAGAUCGCUGGGAAAAAUUGGCUAAGGCAUUUUGUGUGUCAGAGAUUGGCUGUUGUAGCUAUCCAGGCUAGAUUUUCAGUCACAUUGCAAAACAGGUUCAACAUGUACACUAUUUCAACGACUCCCAGCAAAGGUAAGACCCAGAGGUGUGAAUUUAUUGUACAUGUAUCAAAGUGUACCUGAGGCUGAGGGAUUUUUACAGCCAACCCAUCAGCUUUGACUGGUGACAUUUGUGUUUUGCGAAAGGAUCUUCGUUUAUGGAUAGUGAACAUCUCAUGUGUUUACAGUUGUGAGCAGUGGUGGUUGUAUCUGUUCCACGCAGCAUGAAGCCAUUACCAGGUUGUAAGUUGAGUGUGCCUGACUGAAGCACUCCCAGCCCUGUCAUGUGGCUGUGUUAUUGUCAGGAUGAACAGCUGAUGUUGUGUCACCUCUGACCCCCAUGCUUGAGUGUUUGGGCUUGCCUUGGCCCCUGUGGGAUCACUUACUAGUUAGGCAGCCAUGAAUCAAAUGACAAUAGAACUUUCCACCUGCUGUUAAUGGGGAUGUAAGGUGCAGGGUUGAUGAACCCUGCUGACCUUUAACCUCUCCCAUUCAUCAAGACAGCCCUUUGUAAACCUGGGACCCCUGGCCUGGUACAUGGUGUCUGGGAUAAUGUUGAUUCUGGCCAUUCAAAGAUGUCACAGGGCCCGAUGCAUGAGAUGAAUCCGCAGAUGGGCCAGAAGCGGCCGCAGCCUUACGGCGCCCCCUAUGCUAACGCCAACCCCUACUCCCAGCAGCAGGGGUAUGGGGGACAGCCGUACGGCCAGGGCUCCCCUCCCCGCUACCCGGGGCCUCCUCAGGGGAGGAUGGCCAGCAUGCAGGGGCAGCCGCCUCAGUACGGCAGGCAGCAGAUGCCACCCCAGUACAACCAGUCGGGACAGCAGGGGAUGGGAGGGUACAACCAGCAGCAGCAACCCCCCUACUACCCCCAGCAACAAGGGCAGAUGGGAUACCAGCAGCAGGGGGGGUACCCCCAGGGCCAGCAGAUGCCGUCACAGAUGCAGCAGCUUCUGACUGAAAAGAGUGACAUCGCCACCCUUCUCAAAAACAAGCUUCUUGGUGAUAAGGGGGAUUUGUCAGCUCUGAUGCAAAACAAGGGUUUUCCCGGAGUGCGGUCUCCUCCGACCGUUGUCCCCAAACCUGUUCCCGCGCCUGACGAGGGUGUCCUCGCUAGCCAGCUCGCUCGCCCUCCCAGUCUACCGGACCUUUCUGGUGCAAUUGACGACCUGCCAACUGGCAACGAGGGAACACAGAACAACUCCACACCACAGCUCAACAACCAGAACGACAAAUACAAUCAGCCUCCUGAAGCACAGCUCUCCCCGCACCCAGGGGUGACAUCCCCACACCCUGGAGUGGCGUCGCCCCACCCUGCGGUGGCCUCCCCCCACCCCCACCCUGGUGUAGCAGGACUGAGACCGUCCCCCUCACCGGUGGGGUCCCCGGGACACCUGAGUGCACAGAGCAGGUCACCAAUGUCACCUGCAAGUGGACCAGGAACAUCACAAAUGCCACCUCCUACCAGCCAAUCAGACAGCAUGCCACAUAACCAAAUGAACCAGUCACCAAUGGGGCCUCAGGAACGAGGGGGGUACCACCAGCAGAUGCCCCCUCCAGGAAUGCAGGGGGGGCACCAGAUGGGGUCUCCGAUGUCGCCCUAUGGCCCCCAGCAGGGGAAAGCCCAGAUGUCGCCCAUGUCACCCAGGCCAGCGGGACAGAUGCAUCCUGGGAUGGGUGGAGGGGGCCACCAGAUGCCCCCCUACCAGCAGGGGGGGCCGCCCAGCCAGGGUUACGGGCAGUACCCCCAGUCAAGUAACUAUUCCAGGUCGCAGGGCAUGCAGGGGUAUGGCAACAUGCCUAACAGCUCUGGCUACAACCCGGGAAUGGGCAUGCAGACGCCUCACAUGCAGGGAAGCAGUAGCGGCGGGAGCGGCAUGCAUGGUCCCGGGCCCCAGUACAACAUGGGGAUGAACCGAGUUCCACCAGCAAGUAUGGGUAACAGCGGGAGCUUUGCAGGGGGCGGGUACGGGAUGCCGCCGCAGGGUGGGAGCAGCGUCCCCACCACCGGAUCCAGCCAGGCGCCGCCCAUCAACUCCUUCGGCCAGCACAGCCCCGGGAUGAACUCCAGCCCGGCGUACAAGGCCCAGCAGGCUACGGCCACCAGCAUGAGCGCCGCGCAGAUCGCCGCCCAGGCCGCCGUCAUGGCCGCAGCCAACACCGCCGGACGGGCCACCGCCACACACUCCAGCUUCCCACAGCAACAACAGCAGCAGAAACAAGGCUACAUGCCGCCACCUCAGCCCCAGCAGCUCAGAAGUCCUGCAACCACAGCAGUGACCCAGAGCAUCACAACUCCGGUAACAUCGGCAUCCGUCGUCACCACCAGCGCUAGCAACGACACAUCAGCCGCUAAACCAGCCACGCCAAGCGAACAGACACCAAAGGACGAGGGGCAAUCAAAAACGGAGGAACAGCAGGAUAAACAACAACAACAACAAGGAGAUAAACAACAGCAGCAGCAGCAACAACAGGCUCCUGCCCCAGCAGACCAGCAGCCGCCACACCCACCUCCGCCUCCUGUCAAAAGGGAUAAUUCAUCCCAGCCUCCCACGCCUUCAUCCACCAAUAUCCCAGUAGCCUCUCCUGUCCCUGCGUCGCCGGGCGGGGCCAGCAUGUCCUCCUUCCCUGACGACAUGGAGAACAACAGUAACUUCAGCAGCCCUGGUUGGCCAAAGACUCCCUCCAGUCCGCGCAACAACCAAUCCCAGUCUCCGAUGCCGCCGGAGCAGAUGUUGAAGAUGUACGACAGUUUCGGAGAGGACAUGGAGCGGAAAGUGUUCCUGGACACCCUGGUAGCCUUCUGGGAAGAGCGCGGUUUCCCCAGCAACAAGGCGCCGUCUAUCAGCAACAAGCUGGUGGACCUGUAUCGGCUGUACUUCCUCAUCAAGGAGAAAGGGGGCUUUGUGGAGGCUUCAAAGAAUAAGCAGUGGAGGGACGUGUGUCAGGCCAUCAACAUCGGCAGUUCCACCAGUGCCGCCUCCUCCCUCCGUAAAAACUACAUCAAGUACCUGCUCCCGUUCGAGUGUAAGCACGACCGAGGGGAUGUCAAUCCACAGGUGCUGGUGGCCGCUACGGACAACAGCAAGAAGUCCUCCUCCAUGGCAGCAGAGGCUCGGAGGCUAGCUGCCUCUCCAGGUAUGGCUGGGAUGCCGAUGAUGGACAGACCCCCCUCCCAGCAGCACCCCAUGAUGAAUUCCAUGAUGGAGGGACACCACGACGGCAAUAUGCUACCCCCUGAUCAACAAAUGGUACCACCCACAAGUGGCCCCAACAUGAUGCCUCCUGGGAGCAUGGGAAACGCCGGUAUGAUGCCUCCUGGCAGCCAAAACAGCAUCAGUGUGAGAGACCCGUUUGCUGACGACUACCAGAAGCCUUCCAUGCCUCAGCAGAACAGCAUGAACCCCAACAUGCCUCCCUACAUGAACCAGAAUGACCCCAUGAACCGCGGAGGCAUGAACAUGCCUGAACAGUACCGUAACGCUCCCUACCAGAACGACCCGUACGCGAUGAACAGGAGGCCUCCCGUGCAGGGGAACGAUCCAUUUGCAGCACGGCGGGGCGGGAUGGUGAACGACUCAUACGGACAGCCAAGGAUGGGACAGAACAUGCCCCAGUACCCAGGAUACGGCCCCCAGUUCGAGAGAGAAAGAUUUGAGCAGCAGAACCAGACACCCAACAUGCCUGAUCAGCCGCCUGCUCCUUCCCACCCCAACAUGAUCCCACCCCACGGCCAGACACCACAGGAGCCGGGCAUGUACCCCCCUCGCUACGGCCAGCAGCCUUCCCAGCAGCCCAUGCAGAGACAACCCCCUCAUGAUGGCUACACACCCCCUUACCAAGGACCCCCUCAGGGUCAAAACCCCUACCCACAGCAGCAGGGCAUGUAUCACCAGGGCUACCCUCAGAAGAGGCCCGCAAACGACAUGUACGUCCCACCUCCAAAACGGCCGGAGUUCAUGAAUAAGGAAGACCCUUACGGGAUGGGGUACAGUGGACAAAGGCAGCCGCAUUUUAGCCAGCCGGGCUUUGGCACACCCGAACGGCCAAUGCCCGGCCAGCACGGGUAUCCACAACAGUUUCGAGAAGGACCAAUGAGUGGCCCGAUGGCACCGCACACGCCGCAGCACAUGAUGGGCCCAAACUCCCACAGCAUGGGGGACAGGCCCUCUCAUGGCCCGUGGCCAAACAGAAGUGAAAGUGGCUUCCCCUACCCUGGUGGCCAGGCACCACCAGGCCCCCACCAUGGCAUGAACCAGAGGGAGGACUUUUUCGACCAGCGGCAAGUGCGAGAUCCGUCGCAGCCCCACUGGCCCCCGAUGAGUCGGCACCAGCCCGGUAGUCACCCGUUUCCCCAGUCCUCCUCAGCCAUGAGCCACCACAUGCCCUCGUCCUUCUCAGCCGCCCACCAUCCCCCCCUCCCUCCCCACACCACUGGCCCUGGGAGCCCGUCCCUGCUCGCCAGGCAGCUGCAGUCUCGAAUGUCUCCCCAUCGAGAUAAGGCUUUCCUCUCACAACGCCUGUCGUCGUCAAAGAUGCCGCCCGUCCCCGGGAUGGGAGCCAUGCAGCAGAGGAGAGAGAUGCAGUUCCCACCUGAUUCAGUAGAGGCCACUCAUCCCAUCCUUGUCAAGAGAAAGAGGCUGACUUCAAGAGAUUUGGGCCCUGUGGAGGCGUGGCGCAUCAUGAUGGCACUGAAGUCAGGACUGCUGGCAGAGGCCACCUGGGCGCUGGACACCCUGAACAUCCUCCUGUUUGACGACAACACUGUCACUUACUUCAACCUGCAGCACCUCCCGGGCAUGAUAGAAACUCUGAUGGAGCACUUCAGGAGGUGUCUCAUUAGCAUAUUCGGGAUCCUGCAGGAGUACGAGGUCGGCGAUGACAAGCAGAUCUGCCCACUACCUCCGGAAGAGAAGAAGAAGAGGGACAAGUUGAAAGCUCUGGAGAAGAAGGAGAAGGAAGAUAAGAAAGAUGAAGAGGAGCUUGAUAUGGGACCCAACAACUUGAAAAGGGCCUCCUCAGCCCCUGUAGUUAGUCCUUUCGAUAGAAAGCCCAUCAAGGUGGUGAAGAAGGUAGAAGAGGUUCUCACCAACCCCAGGGCGAGGGACUGGGAUCUGAAGCAGGAGUUCGAAAGCGGGAAGCUCCACUGGGAAAUAGGGGGAGGGGACGAUACCUCACACAUCAUUGCUUUCUUCGACAGCAAGGGGAGCAUUCUGAGAAGAUGGCACCGCAGUGAUUCACUGGAGGAUGAAGACUCGCGUGACUCUUGUGGGGAAGCCAAAGAAAAUGAGGAUGAAAAUGACAACAAAAUCAAACAGGAGAAAGUGGCGGGUACGCAGCCGAGGGUGACGGCCAUGUUGGAUGACAUGCUGACAGUGAAAUCGGAGGGCAUCACCAUAAAUGCCAAGACUUCGGAGAAUGGGGAUGAUUCCGAGGAGGCAAACAUCCUUGCAAAGAAGAGGAAAAAAGUCAAGGUUCUGGAGGACGAGCCCCGCAGCAGAGAUGAGUUCCCCUUGAAUUUGCUGACCAGUCAGCAGGACCAGUUGGCCAGGAGGUGUAUAUGUAUAUCCAACAUAUUCCGUAGUUUGUCCUUCAUUCCAGGCAAUGAUUUAGAAAUGUCCAAACACCCGGGACUGCUGCUUGCCUUGGGCAAGCUCCUGCUCUUGCACCACAAUCACCCAGAGAGGAGUCAGGCGGUGCGCACGUAUGAGAAAGAUGAGUCUGAGAUCGACGCGGUGCCGUACAAGCGGGAGGAGUGGUGGUGGGACUGUUUGGAACUGUUGCGAGAGAACGUUUUAGUCAUCCUCGCUAACAUUGCAGGCAACAUGGAUCUGUCGAUAUACCCCGAGAGCAUCAGCCUUCCCAUAUUGGACGGACUUCUGCACUGGACGGUGUGUCCCGCCGCCUGUGCCGUGGACCCAUUCGCCACGGUGUCAGAAAAGUCCCAGUUGUCGCCACAGAGGCUUGCCCUGGAAGCCUUGGCAAAACUGAGUAUCCUGGAUAACAAUGUGGACUUGAUCCAGGCUACUCCUCCCUUCAGCCGUCUGGAGAAGCUGAAUGGCCAUCUUGUACGGUGGUUAGGUGACAAGAAGCAAGCGGUGAUGCGCGAGUUUUCUGUCGUCUUGUUAUCGAAUCUGGCGCAGGGAGACACCAUCACGUGUCGCGCCAUCGCCUGUCAGGCUGGCAGCGUGUCCGCCCUGAUCGGAUUCCUCGAGGACGCGGAGGCCACGGCGAGUGCCAUCGCGCAGAACCCUCGCAUGAUGCAGAUGUCCCACAACCAGGAGAUAGGGACCAGUCCAGACAUGAUGCGGCGAGCGGCCGUGACGCUAGUCUGCUUAACCAAAGUUCCAGAGAACAGAGCCUUGUUUGUACAGCAUGAGAGCAGAGUGCUUACUCUGUCGAUGUCGCACGUCUUCGACCAACAAAUCUUAGGACACCUUUCCGAGACACUCUUCUACUUAUCCAAAGAAUCAUAGCACAGGACAGAGGGGGAGAGAAAUAUGCAGUUGUGUAUAGUGGGACUGUAACAGGCUGCUCUGUAGAUCAAGUUGAGACAUGUAGAUUGGGCCUUCGAAACCUUUUGUACACAAGCCUAAGUCAUGUACUUAAGAAUAGUCGACAUUCUUCCAAAACCCAGUGUCACUUUUUUUGUGUGCAACGAAAAGAUGUCUGUUGUAUGCAAUCAUGGGGUGAGAGGGAAAUCUAGUCCAUUGUCAAGCCAUCAUCAUUCAGUGCAAUAGGUGUCCACGGAUGGAUGUUGCACUGGGUACAACAGAACAUCUUGUGCAGCAUUUUAACAAUUUUGUACCCCGCAAUAUUCUUUCCACACCGUUUCUAGUGUUCGACUCCCAUCCGGGCACCUUUGAUAUGCCUCACUCACCAGAUGCGUGCUGUAAAAAUGAACAGUGAUUUAACAGUUUAGUUUUAUAGACAACUCCCACCAUGUUCCACAUAUUUAUACUGUAUGUACGGGACGGAUUUGUUUCUAGUUGUCACUGCUUGUAGUCGCAGUCUUUGUGUCAGUGCACAGAAAAUAUGAAAUGAAAUGUGGAAUAUUUAAGCCUAUCAUGCUGUAGGAAGCAGGAGAAUCAAGAGAGCAGGUUUUUGAAACCUGUGUCAGAAAGCAUCAUGACAUUAUACUUCCACAUAAGUUAAGCCCAUGGCCGAGGUAGGCCCUCUUCAGAUGGAUUUUCCAAGGAAAAAUUGUCAGAACGAUUGAGAAUUUUUGCGUGGAUCUCAGAUGUAUUGCAAAGUGCACAAAACAGUCAAAGCUGGUCAUAGACGCUGCCUUGAUGAGCGUUAUCGGGCACUGUAUAGUCAUGCGCACUUUGUACUUGAUGUCUCAACCAUGAAAUAAAUGUUUAUGUAAAGAUCUG